UCCAGAAACUGCCACUCGGUUACCGGCGAAUGUAUCUGUCCGCCCAGAACACACGGCAAGCACUGUGAGAAGCAGGGCUGCCCGCCCGGCUUCUGGGGGCCCACAUGCGACCAACGCUGUCCCAAAACCUGUUCCACCGGAUACUGUCACAGCGAGAUCGGCACGUGCACCUGUGCACCUGGGCGGUAUGGCGCCAACUGUGCUUUCACCUGCCCGGAGGGCACUUAUGGCGAGAUGUGCACCAAUGCCUGUCCAGCCAAGUGCUACGAUCCCGAAAGCAACUUCAAGGGCUGUCACCCAGAGACUGGUAAGUGUCUGUGCAAACCUGGCUACCACUCCGAGGGCUGUCGACAAGUCUGUCCUCCAGGCUUUUACGGUCAGGACUGUCGCCAGAAGUGUGCUAAGUGUCCCAGAGGUUGUGAUCCGGAAACUGGACGUUGCAAUGGGGAAUGUCCACCUGGCAGAUGGGGUGAUAACUGCGAUAAAAUCUGCGAGAAGGGAAAAUAUGGCAAGAACUGUGAGCAGACCUGCUCCUGCGGAACCCUCAGUAUUGGAUGCGACCCGGAGGAUGGAACAUGCAUCUGCUUCGAUGGCAGUAAGGGCAAGACCUGCAUGACACCCUGUCCGCCUGGUUUUUGGGGACCCACCUGCACUAAAAAGUGUCGAUGUGAGAAUGGCUUUGAAUGCGACAAGAAGACAGGCGACUGUAUCUGCUCUCCUGGCUACAUCGGCAAGAACUGUGAUCAGCGUUGUAGCGAGGGCAAAUACGGCCAAAACUGUGAGUCAAUCUGCACCUGCGUGCACGGAAGGUGUGACCAUCGCUCUGGUGUGUGCGAAUGCGACACAGGCUGGUACAACAUGAACUGCGAUACACCCUGUCCUCCUGGUUACUAUGGCGACGACUGUCAGGUGGCCUGCAAUUGCCAGAACGGAGCCGAGUGUAACCAUGUCACUGGAGCCUGCACCUGCGCAGAUGGUAAGCGAUCCUUCGCCCUGUUUGAUAUUGAUAGGUCAGGCUGGAGAUGUCCCCCCCGGGGAGGGGGGUUGCUGUUAAACACAGAAAGUGCGCUGUUUACUGCUGGCGCUUUAGAUAGUACACUGAGUCGCUUAACUUUAUAA